AUGCACUAUGCUGGUUAUUCUGUUUUUCCUAAUUUAUGUUAUUUCCUUACAUAUGUUAGUUCCGUUAGCAAAUUGCAGGAAGAAAGAUUGAGGAAGUUGAGGCACAGGAUGAAGGUGUACUUUGACAGUUCCAGGCCUGAUCAUCAGGAAGCAUUGAGAGCACUAUGGUCUGUUACAUACCCUGGAAAGGAACUGCAUGGCUUGAUAUCGGAUCAGUGGAAAGAAAUGGGAUGGCAGGGAAGGGAUCCAUCUACUGAUUUUAGAGGUGCUGGAUUUAUUUCUUUGGAGAACCUGUUAUUCUUUGCCAAGACAUUCUCGAUGUCAUUUCAACGUUUAUUAAAGAAGCAAGGUGGAAAGCGAUCUGCUUGGGAGUAUCCAUUUGCUGUUGCCGGCGUAAAUAUCACAUUCAUGAUCAUGCAAAUGCUUGACCUUGAUGCCAUGAAACCUAGGACAUUUAUCAGAUCAGUUUUCUUACAGAUAUUAUCAGAAAAUGAAAGGGCGUUUGACUUAAUCUACUGCGUGGCAUUCGUGGUUAUGGACAAACAAUGGCUGGAGAGAAAUGCCACGUACAUGGAGUUUAAUGAUGUGUUGAAAUCAACAAGGGCUCAACUGGAAAGAGAACUCCUGAUGGAUGAUGUGUUGCGUAUUGAAGACAUGCCUUCCUAUACCCUUCUCUGCUAGCCACAUAAGUAAUCU